UACUCACACGAGCUUGAAGAGCGCGCAAUACGCAAAACAUCUGAAGCAGGAAGAGAGGCAGAGAGAGACAGACAUAUAUAUAGAGAGAGAAAGAGGGAGGGGUGAGCAAAAAAGAGGUGAAAGAGGGAUCGAGGAGAGCAGCAGCAUUCGGAUCAGCCACUUACAGCAUCCAGUGAUCAGAUCGCCAGUUAUUCUGCUAUGCUCAGCGGACGCGUGGACGCCAAUUCCGCUUUGGUGUAACGGAGGUCUCGGAAGGGAGUUUGACAUACAUGCCCAUCGGAUUUGCCUCAAACCUUUGAUUGUUUAUUAUCACUGGACAUGAUGGAACAUUGGAGACAGUGUGCGCUAUGGUUGAUCAAUUGUAAGGUGCUCCCGGCGAACCAUCGGGUGACAUGGGAGUCCGCUCAGGUUUUUGACCUGGCGCAGACCCUGCGUGAUGGGGUUCUCCUGUGCCAGCUUCUCAACAACCUGAAACCCCAAUCUAUCAACCUGAGGGAAAUCAACCUGAGACCUCAGAUGUCACAGUUUCUCUGCCUAAAGAACAUCAGGACGUUUUUACAUGCCUGCUCAGAGAUCUUCAGCAUGAAGAAAAGUGAACUAUUUGAGGCCUUUGAUUUGUUUGACGUUCGAGAUUUCGGAAAGGUUAUGGACACAUUGUCCAAGCUCUCGCAUACUUAUAUAGCACAGCAAACUGGAAUAAGGCCAUUUCCAACAGAAGAAAGUGUUGAAGAUGAGGACAUUUAUAACCACCUUGAGGAUCUGAUAGAUGAGAAUGGCGUGGAAGAUGAGGAAGAUCUCUAUGACUGCGUGUACGAUGAUGAUGAAGGUGGAGAGGUGUAUGAAGAUUUGAUGAAGGUCGAGCAGGUUCAGCCGCAGAAACAGGCAGAGACCGACGUCAGGAGCUGCUGUCUGAUGGAAAUCAAACAGACGGAGGAGAAAUAUACAGAAACGCUGGACUCUAUAGAGAAAUUUUUCAUGAAGCCUUUAGGACAAUCGCUUUCCAGCUCGGAGGUUGAAAAAGUGUUCAUCAAUAUUCCAGAUCUUGUAAAAGUGCACACAAGCCUUCUGAAGGAGGUCCAGGACUCUGUUCUUCAGCAUAAUGCCAGCAACCUGUACCAGAUCUUUAUCAAUUACAAAGAGAGAUUAGUCCUGUAUGGGAAAUACUGCAGUCAAGUUGAAUUGGCCAUAGCGUGUUUGGAUGACAUGUGUAAGAACAGAGAGGAUCUCAGGCAGAUGUUAGAGUUAUGCUCCAAACGAGCCAAUAAUGGGAAGUUUACUCUGAGAGAUCUGCUGGUUGUUCCAAUGCAGAGGGUUCUUAAAUAUCAUCUGCUUCUACAGGAACUGGUAAAACACACCCACGAUGCCACAGAGAAGAGUAAUUUACGCCAAGCGCUGGAUGCCAUGAAGGAUCUGGCCCAGUAUGUCAAUGAGGUGAAGAGAGACAUUGAAACUCUGCGGGAUAUCGACCAGUACCAGAAAUCAAUAGAAAACCUUAAUCAGUCUCUGCGUAACUACGGGAGACCGAAAGGUGACAGCGAAGUGCGAGUAUCUACAGUCGACAAACGAGCCAAACAGGACAGGCACCUCUUCCUGUUCGACGCUGCCGUGAUCGUAUGCAAACGACGGGGGGACAACUACGAAAUGAAGGAGGUCAUUGACCUCCACUCGUUCAAAAUCACCAACAACCCGACCUCAGACAGAGAGAACCGAAAGUGGUCUCAUGGAUUCUACCUCACGCACAACCAGGGUCAAAAUGGUUUUGAGUUCUUCUUCAAAACCAAGGAGGUAAAGAAGAAGUGGCUGGAGCAGUUCGGCAUGGCCCUAUCGAACAUCUGUCCAGAGAGUGGGAAAAGUAAUUUCCACGAGUUCCGCAUGCACACCUUUGAGACGACCACAUCCUGCAGCUCGUGCAAAAUGCUGCUGAGAGGGGUCUUCUAUCAAGGCUACCGCUGCUCUAAAUGUGGUGCUGGUGCCCAUAAGGAGUGUCUCGGCAGGGUGGACAACUGUGUCAAAAGCAGUGCCGAUUCCAACUCUUUCGGACCACAGAUUGGGAAAACACCCAGAAGUGGAGGAGAUGCAGGUUUGCCCAAAAUGUUGGUCAUCCGGAAUUAUUAUGGGGUGCCCCUCCCUCCGUGUGGCCCGCCACUCAACAUCCAGGUUGGCGACGUCAUCGAGCUGAUCGAGGCUAACGUGCGCAGCUGCUGGUGGAAGGGUAAAGUCCUGGCAACGAAAGACAUUGGCUUCUUUCCAAGCGACGCAGUGAAGCCUUGCCCAUGUGUACCCAAACCUGUUGACUACUCUUCACAGCCUUGGUUUGCCGGUCCAAUGGAAAGACUGCAGGCGGAGGCCGCGCUGCUCAACAGGAGAAGCAGCACGUACCUGGUCCGUCACAGAAGCAGAGAGUUAAACGAAUACGCCAUCAGCAUCAAGUACAACAACGACGUGAAACACAUCAAGAUCUUAGCGAAGGAGGGAUGCUUUCACAUUACCGAAAACAGAAAGUUCAGAAGCAUUUUAGAGCUGAUCGAGUAUUACAAACAUCAUUCUCUGCGGGAGGGAUUCAGGACACUUGAUACCACGCUCCAAUUCGCCUACCGAGAGCCGGAAAACGGAGCAAAUACUCCGUUGCUCUGCGGCCUGUCUUUUCUAACUACCGGCUACAGCUUUGUCCCUCCCUCCGCAGCUCCAUUUUGGUCAGUGUUCACUCCUAAGGUGAUGGGUGUUGCGAUAGCUCGAUAUGAUUUCAGCUCCAGGGACACGCGGGAACUGUCACUGCAGGAGGGAGAUGUGGUUAAGAUCUACAGUAAAACUGGAGCCAAUGGCUGGUGGAGAGGAGAAGUCAAUGGGCGGGUGGGCUGGUUCCCAUCCACAUAUGUAGAAGAAGCAGAGGAGUGAACUUCUAAAUGAAAGCGAAGGGAAAUGCAAUGAAUAACACAAAGCUGUUUGCCUGGACUGAGCCGAAAUGGCUACCGAUCGGCCGGUGCUAUCUCUUUUUUUCUCUAUGAUGGUGCUGAACUGGAGGGCAUCGGAGGGCACACAUUGGGGGUUUGAUGAAUGAAGGACUAUCUCUUAGAGAGAAGAUUAUCAAACGUAACCCUCGCCUGGAAUUCCUGCACUAUGAGCUGUUUGCUUGUAAGGGACAGAAACAUGUUGCCGAUCACAUAUUUGUCCUUACCCACCCAGAAGUGUUUUCACCCACACAGGCCACCUCCCAUUUCCACCCAACAGUUCAUCUCAGAUUAAGAUCAUAGCAUCCUGGCAGGAUUUACCAGGUUGGCACACAAACACCGUGGUAAUGGAUUGCCUGUUUCCUUCCUACGACGAUCUUUCAAUUUCAGAGUUCUGCACUAAAGGACCGCUUGUUUUGUACGUCGCCCUGUUUGAGUGCUUAUCCCGGCAGAUGUAUUGCUGGGUUGUCACGCCCCGUUUUCCUGAUUUGUGCCGGGGAGACGUUCAGCGAGAUGUUGGCACCAGCCAGGCGGUUGACAGUAAACAAAAGCGUUCGCGGUGACAGGCCUGUAAACAGCUUUUUCAGCACGAGCCCACCGCCCUGGAAACAUCGUGUGUCGCUUUAUCCAGAAGGAGGGAUCCUGUUAGAUAACGCAGGCACUGCCAUCUCAGUCAACUAAUGAGGAUUCACACACAUUUACAGGAAAAAUGAACAAUGAUGAGAAUUUAGUUUUACUGUAUAUCCACCCGGUAGACCUGGUAGAUCUUAUCGAUAUGGGCUUUUAAAUAACUAAUGUUGAUAUCGAUAUCUAGAUAUCCGGCUGGUCUCUAAAGAUGAAAUGUUGAAUAUUUCUGCUUGUGUAGUCUUAUAUUGAAAUCAUCCUCAGUUGUAGGUCUCAUUCUCUCCAGGUUUUCCAGAAAUGUUACGAACUGUGAAGAUGCUUCACCUGCCUGCAGCUAAACAUAGACGGUGCUCGAAACUGAUAAAACCGGAUGAAACGAAAGCACGUUUAGACUGCUAAAGAGACGGCGGUUUUAAUAGGGAAAAGGUCAUGUCAGGAAACACUCAAAGUGCUAGUUUGUCUCAGAUGGUUAGAUGAAAGCGCUCUCGCGAAGAAUAUUUAUUUAUUUGCGAUCUAAGAAGAGACCUUGACUGGAAAACACAUUCGCAGUUUGAGACAUACAGAACAAACGCUUGAUGAAAGAAACAACUUGCAUGAACUCAAAUAUACGCAUAUGUGCCUAUACGCCUCUCGAAUUGACAAAAUGCAUUUAAAGGACAGAUAUUUUAAUGCUUCUGUUUUUUUCCCCCGAAGAAUUACAAAAUAUAUUGUACAUUUGUAAGUGAACUUCUGAUUUUGAGCAAGAAUAGUUUUUUUAUUUAAAUUCAUGUUUAAUGAGAAUACAUAUUAAAUGAGUAUUUAUUUAUUGACAUCUGCGAUAUAUGAUUCAUAAACAUCUGUGUUAUAUUGUAUUAGGUGAAUAUUGUAUUGUUGUCGCUGCACUUUUGUCACAAUGUAGUGCAAAGUAACACCACUAGGGGGCAGCAGCAUUACCAGGUGUGUCACUCCCUUUUCUUUACUUUACUUUUUAGAUCUUAAUAUACGUCUUUAUUUGUCGUUUUAUAAUACCAUCACCGAGUCUUCUAAGGAAGUUCUUUCUUAAAGUCAUAGUGUAAGGUGAUUGUGGUCCUAAAAUUGUGCACUUUCCGAUAGAAAAAGGGUAAAGGAUGAGUUUAGGGUCUGUGAUCCAUAUUACAUUGACUUCUAUCAUGGAAAAUGUAGUUUCGUAACAAUAACACAAGCCUGUUAACUUGCGGCAUACCAACUAAAAUUAAAUAAAUUGGUUUACAAUUAAAAUGGUAACACUUAAAGUUGUAUUUCUAAAGAAUUAGCUACCAUGAACUUUGAAUGAUAAUUUUAUUUACUUAUAAUUUUAAAAUAUCAAAAUUUGUAACAUUAGUUAAUGCACAGUGAACUAACAUGAACUAACAUUAACAAACAUUAAUAAAUGCUGAACAACUAUAUUUCUCAUUGAUAGUUCAAUUUAGCUAAUCCAUUUACUAAUGUUAACAAAUACAAAAGUGUUACCAUUAAAACUAAAUUAAAAACAAACCCAACCGUUGGGUUAAAUUAACCCAGCAGCAAAUGUUAAUAUUUUACCCAACAGUUACCCAGCAUUUUACGUUUACUCUUUUUCCGCCAUUGACAAGUCAUCUUGUCAAUUAAGAGAAAACAUUUGCAUAAAAAAAGUUUUCCUGAUGAAUUUUUAUGUUAACCUGCAAUACCGUGAUUAUCCAAUUUAUGAAAAAACUGAAGCCAAAACGUUAUUUACUCAUUUUAAACUCUGUGUAUGUUUUGAUAAUCGUUCUGAAUCUGAUCUCUAACAAAAUUCCUACACAAAAAUGCAAUUAUUUCAACUUUUUGCUAAAAAAAUUUAUUUUAAAGAAAAAUACCCAUAUUUGGGAGUUUAUAAGCAGAGAAAAAAUAUAGAUAGUAUGAAACGCUUUUUUCCCUUUUGUUUGUUUAUUGUUUGUUUGAAAGCAGAGAAUCUGUUCUUUCAUUUAAUAUAUUUGUAUGUUUAUAUAUUUUUAAAAGAAAAUUUUCCUGCAAGGCAUUUUGUGAAUUUUUGUAAAAAUCACAAAAAAUUCUAGCGAGCAACUUUUCAAAAAAAGGCUGGCGGGGAAUGAGUUAAAACAACCCAGCAUAGUUUAAAUUACAUUGGAUUGUCCCUUUUUGACCCAACGCUGGGUUAAAAUGUAGCAACCAGCAUUUAUAAGAGUGUAUAGAUUAACUUAAUAAAAUCUACAAUCCGUUUACGGCACAGUCAAAAUCGCCUCUAACCCUCAUGCCCCAUUAUGUUCAAAGGUUAAAGGUCAGUUUAGUAUCUGCGUUUUUUUCGGGCAUUAAAUGAAAGAGGAUUUUUUGUAAAUCUGGAGUGAAAUCCGUGCCCGAGGCAGAUUACGGUCUUCUCCUGGGUGCACUGUUCCCUACACUCAAACUGCAAGCAGUAGAAUUGGUUUUCUAAGCUUUCUCACCGGUAAUCUGUUCCCACUCCGCUCUCCCUAGAGAUGAACCCUGACAGGACGGAUUUAACAGGCUUCCACACACAUAUAUUUAUAUACAACAGAUUCUGUUUCAGUACUGAGUUGUGGGCCACUAAUCACCCAUCGAUCUCUAACCUUCUUCAUCUCGCAUCUUCAUAAUCUUAUUCUGCUCUCUUUCUCCACAUGUACUGUAUGUCUUUUAAAUGUGUAGCGCUACAGCUGGGCUGUGCCAUCAUGCCGUGUUGGCAAAAAUAGAGAAUGCAUAUUUGUUGUAUUUAGAAUCACUCAAUGAUUCAUGUGAAACCGUGCUGUUCUUUUUAUUAUAAUUUUUUUGCAAAUAUUGUUUGUUACAUUAUGUGACCAUUCCUUGGGGCUGUUAAAUGUGCAAAGCCAUAUUUAUGUAAGCAACCUCUAAUAACACAAUGGUGGUUUACUGACGGACGGUACACUGAGUAGCUCAUGGUCCACUGAAGCCAAAGACGUAGCAUGCUUGACGCCAAGCCUAGUCGCCACGGAAACCGCCACUGUGGCCUAACCAGUAGCUGUGCAAUUCGAGUGUCCUACAGUGCCACGUGCUGUAUCACACCUGUACUGUACAUAUGUAAAUGCAUAAUAAAAUGUAUAUUGCUUCUUUUUAAAA